AUAGUGCUGGCUAGUCCGGGAUAAAGAUACAGUACUUGCUCCUCUCCGGUCUAGACAUCACAUCAUUAGCAAAGUGAACUAGCCACUUAGCUGUUUAUUUCUUGACAAAAUGUCAACUACGACUGGCGGCGGAGAGUUUGGCAACCCUCUUCGAAAGUUCAAGCUCGUUUUCCUGGGCGAACAAAGUGUUGGGAAGACCUCACUCAUCACCAGGUUUAUGUAUGACAGUUUUGACAACACUUAUCAGGCAACAAUUGGAAUUGACUUUUUGUCAAAAACCAUGUACCUAGAAGAUCGCACGAUUCGGCUGCAGCUCUGGGAUACAGCCGGACAGGAGCGUUUCCGCAGCCUCAUCCCCAGUUACAUCCGCGACUCAGCCGCUGCUGUGGUGGUUUAUGACAUAGCCAAUCUUAAUUCAUUCCAGCAAACCUCAAAGUGGAUCGAUGAUGUGAGAACAGAGAGAGGAAGUGAUGUCAUUAUCAUGCUUGUUGGAAACAAAACAGACUUGGCAGAUAAGAGGCAAGUUUCUGUUGAGGCGGCAGAGAGGAAAGCUCGUGAGCUCAAUGUGAUGUACAUAGAGACCAGUGCCAAGGCUGGCUAUAACGUCAAACAGCUGUUUCGUCGUGUUGCAGCUGCACUGCCUGGCAUGGAUAGCACACCAGAGAAAAGCAAAGAGGACAUGAUCGACAUCAAACUGGAGAAACAGCCAGAGAUGACUGUCACCGAGAGCAGCUGCUCAUGCUAGUACACCUCGCCCCACCCAGCCUGUCUCCUCCCCACCAACAGCUUGUCUCUCAGUGGCCACUCUCUCCACCCUUGGCACACUGCCUUUGGGAUGGACCUGUCUUUUCCCUUUUCAACUCAGUGACUUUUCAGAGUAACCGUGUGGAUGUGCAUUACUGUAUUGAAACAGAUUAUCUGGAAAAAAUGGUUCAAACGUAAACAUUUAAAACAAGGAAUAAGUUAAAUGAUAUGUUCAGAUUUUCAUCCAGUUGCAUGGCAUUAUAUAGGAUUGCAGACUGACAUAGCUAACCGCUCAUGAGUUAUUGCACAGUUCAGAAUCUUAGUGCUGUUACUCUUGUCAUUGUUGUAAAGUAAAACUGCUUGGGAUUAUUUAAAAGACUGCAAGGUUGAGUUUUCAGCCCAUGAUGUUUUAAUUUUUUAAGAGCAAUUCUGUCUCUCAGAUAACUUAUUACUUCUUGACUUGUCUUAUCUUAUUUUGAGGAAGUAAAGAUAGGCUUCAUAAUUGCAAACUGUUGUAUAACCAUAUUAGGCUCAACCGAACCCUUUCCAUGACAUUUAUUUGCGCAACGCAUUUUAGGCAUGUACUGCCAAAUUCAACAAAUUAACCCAAAUGUAAGACCUCAUUUCCAACAGUGCUGCAGAAGGGAUAUGUAACCGAGUAUUUAAAAGAAACUGAUAUUGAAUAUAUUACAGGGAAGCCAUCCCACAUUCCUACAAAUGGCAACUAACCUGAGAUUAUGUUUGCAUUUAAAGUACAGCAACUGUCUUUCCAAUAAUGUUAAAUGAGCUGCACGCGUACUAACACGUCUGAGGAGGAGUUUUCAUUUAUUAGAUUUCCCAUAACGUGCGGAAUACAAAAUUCAGUGUUUAGUUUUCCACACUGAUGGACAAUUGUCACUUCGGUCGCGAUGAUGCCCCCUGCCAACUCAUUGAUUAUUUGUUGUGUUGAUUACACUAUUGUAAGAACAUGCAGCAUGCUCACCAUGCAGGAUUUAUAUGGAUAAGAACACAGAUGCCUUGCUUGUUUGUUCACCAAUGUUGUGCACUGAAUCAAGCCACAAUAUUGUAAAAUAUAGGAGAAGCCUGCUGACUGGUUCAUGGCUUCACUAGUUGUUUUGUAGAGCUGGUAGAUAGAAGUCUGUCCUCAGAUACAGCUAACGCUUACUAACACCCUUGCUGUAAAAAGUGCAGAGAAGUUAGUUGCAGUAUUCCUUGCUGUAUUGCUAUUGCCUGUGUAGGACUGUUGGUUUUAUGUGUUUAUUUAUUUUGUAACUUGGACAUACAAAUAACAUUGUACGCUUGACCAAAAGUACAGAAGCCGACACGCAUGUUAAAAGUUUUAUUUUAUUUAUUGUCAGCGUGUCUGCUGGGAGGCAACAUUUUAAGCCUGAUGAUGUUUUUUUUUUCCUUGACACACUGCUAGAAAGGAUUUCUGGUAGUGUGUGUAGUCAGUGGCUUGGUUUACAGUCACAGGUAAAGGCUGCACUGUCUCCAAGACACAAAGUAUGACACAAACAACUAACUAGCCAUAGCACAACAAAAGACACUGGUCAUUUGCUGUAGCUUGUUUUGAAAUGUCGACAUAUAAAUGGAUUUAAAAUUUAGUAAGUAUGUGGUUACAUCAAACAACCAUUUUAACAUGAGCAGCUCUUCUAUUACUUGUCACUGACUAAAUACUCAGCUUUGUGCUAUUCUGAAUUGUGUCUGUCCAUUUGAAAUAUGCUGUCUACUCGUGUUUAGCAACGUUUGUGUGAAUAAUGUACUAUUACUAUCUGAUGUAUAAAAAGGAGAGUUAAUGAAUCACAAGUGUAGGCCUAUCACAUGGAAUAAAAUAAAGAUAUUUCACCAACAUGU